CUCCAGUUACACCUCCUCUUCUUUUUCUUCUUCCUCUUCUUUUUUCCAUCCUCCAUCAUCUCUUUCCUCCACCUCUCUCUUCCUCUCUUUCCAUCAGUCCUUCCUUUUCUUUUCAGUUUAUCAUCAUGGAGAACGAGUCGGUGAUCUUCUGGGAUGGGCAGGGCAGCUCCCAGAAUACAAUUUGAAACUCUGAGACCUCUCAUUCUACUGCAGGAUUACUACACAAUAACUACAGUUAUACUACAGAAACUGCUUUACCGUUUACUGUAAAACUACUUCAUCUACUGCGGAUUCGGCUCAUUCUACAAGAGGAACUACAACAUCUUCGGAAACUACUAAAGUACUCAAUUCUGCUACUACUAUAACUACUCACAGGAUUACAACAAUCAACCAGAAACGUCUCCAAAAGCCAUUCUGCUGAGGUCCAACCAAUCAGACACACAAGAACCUGGCAUCUCAGGCUGGACCAGAACCAGAAGCCAGAACCAGGCCAAACCAGUACCAGACCAGUAAGCCAGUUAGACUCUGUAGAGCGGAUCAGACCAGGCCAGGACAGACCAGAAGAGACCAGUAAAGAUCGGUAAAGGCCAGUGGAAAAGUUUGAUGGGACUGCUGACGAUAGCCACAUGCCUCUGAGUCCGGCUGCUGACACCAAACAUGAUCGCCCGCGGCAACAGGCGGUUACUAACGGCAACCCGACAGGCUCUGCUGUUGCCAGGGACGACGACGCGGAUGACACACACCCUGGAAACAGCAUUGUCGUCCGCAUUGGCAUCCCGGACCUGCAGCAGACGAAGUGUUUGCGGUUGGACCCAGAGUUACCAGUUUGGACCAGUAAGCAGAGGGUUCUGGUGACGUUGACUCAGUCUCUGUCGGAUGUUUUGAACUAUGGUCUCUUCCAGCCGGCGUUCAACGGCCGAGCCGGAAAGUUUCUGGACGAAGAGCGGCUGCUGAAGGAGUAUCCUCUCCCUCCCAUCACGCCCAUCCCAUACCUGGAGUUUCGUUACAAGAGGAGAAUUUACACGCAGAGCUACGUGGACGAUAAACAGCUGGCCAAGCUGCACACCAAGGCCAACCUGAAGCGUUUUAUGGAACAUGUUCACCAGAAGAAUGUGGAGAAGGUUUCCAAAUGGUUGGAAAAGGGCCUGGACCCCAACUUCCAUGACUCUGACACUGGGGAGUGUCCUCUGACCCUGGCGGUCCAGCUGGAGGAGAGCUGCGACUUGAUUAAAGUCCUUCGCAGUGGAGGAGCUCACCUGGACUUCAGGACCAGAGACGGCAUCACCGCUCUGCAUCGGGCCGUCCUCUGCAGGAACAGCGCUUCUCUCACCACUCUGCUGGACCUCGGAGCGUCUCCGGACUACAAGGACAGCAGAGGUCUGACUCCGCUGUAUCACUCUGCCAUGGUGGGCGGCGCCCCCUACUGCUGUGAGCUGCUGCUGCAGGACCACGCCACCAUCGGGAUGACUGAUGAGAACGGGUGGCAGGAAAUCCACCAGGCAUGUCGCUAUGGUAACGUGCAGCAUUUGGAGCACCUGCUGUUCUACGGCGCUGACAUGAGUUCCCAGAAUGCAUCGGGAAACACCGCACUGCACCUCUGCGCUCUCUACAACCAGGACAGCUGUGCCAGAGUGCUGCUGUUCAGAGGAGCAAACAAAGAUGUCAAAAACUACAACAACCAGACUGCCUUUCAGGUGGCGAUAAUUGCUGGGAACUUUGAUCUUGCAGAAAUCAUUAAGAUCCACAAAACCUCUGAUGUUGAUAUGCGUAUAUGUGCCCAAGUAGUUCCCUUCAGAGAAACUCCAUCGUACACGAAGCGCCGCAGAGCCGGCGCCGCCGCGACCAGGACGGCGGCUGGAAACGGUCUGUCUUCUCCACGCUCUCUGAUUCGCUCGGCUAGUGACAACGCCCUGGAAAGCCCCGCUUCCUCUCCUGGCCCCUCCCUCCAAAGCCUGGAAACACAUCAUGACACGCACACACACUCGCUACGACGACACACACGCCGGCUCAGUCCGAGCGGCGGUCAUGUGGAGACCAGCCCCCCCUCGUCCCCUCCCCCGACGCCCCAGAUGAGGAAGAGGAGGCUGUACAGCGCCGUACCAGGACGCACCUUCAUCGCCACCCGGUCCCAUGUCCCCCAGGGGCCCGGAGAGAUCCAGCUGCACCGAGGAGAGAGGGUCAAAGUUCUGUCUAUAGGUGAAGGAGGAUUCUGGGAAGGAAGCGUUAAAGGAAGAACGGGUUGGUUUCCUGCUGACUGUGUUGAAGAAGUCCAGAUGAGGCAAUACGACCCACGACUGGAGACGAGGGAGGACCGCACCAAGAGACUGUUCAGACAUUAUACUGUAGGAUCCUAUGACAACUACACCUCCUACAGUGACUAUGUGAUUGAGGAGAAGACGGCCGUGCUGCAGAAGAGAGAGAGCGAGGGAUUCGGCUUCGUCCUCAGAGGAGCUAAAGCUGAGACGCCCAUCGAGGAGUUUGCCCCCACCCCGGCGUUCCCCGCCCUGCAGUACCUGGAGUCGGUGGACCAGGGGGGCGUGGCCUGGAGGGCGGGGCUACGGACCGGAGACUUCCUCAUAGAGGUGAACGGUGCCGACGUGGUGAAGGUGGGUCACCGGCAGGUCGUCUCUCUGAUCCGACAGGGGGGAAGUCGACUGCUGAUGAAGGUCGUAUCUGUUUCCAGAAAAUCAGAAUCCAACCUGGUCAGGAAGAAAGCUCCGCCCCCUCCAAAACGAGCCCCCAGCACCUCGCUGACACUCCGAUCCAAGUCCAUGACCGCUGACCUGGAGGAGAUAGCCAGGAGGAGACGCAUUGAGAAACUGGAUGAGAUGUUGGCCGUGGGUCAACAGGAAGUAGUUCUGAGGGCCCGCCCAUCAGACGACUUCAGAGCAGCGACGGUCAAACAGAGACCGACCAGCCGACGCAUCACACAGGCCGAGAUUAAUUCGUUGUUUGAGCGUCAGGGUCUGGUGCCCCCCACACCUCCAGAGAAGAGCACCAUGGCGUUACCCCGAGGAAUGUCCAGAACCAAGAGCUUUGGCACACCUGAGGACGACAGGAUCUCGGCUCUGAUCAAUGAAAGUCGGUUUCCACGGAGCUCCUCACUGACAGACAGCUUCAUCCCUCCUCCUCCACAGACAGCUCCACCCCCUCCUCCCUCACCGCUCUUCCUCCUCGACUCUGGCCCUCCUCCCUCCUUCCUCCCUCCUCCUCCCCCGGCCAGAGGGGAGGGGCUAACCCGCUCCAGCUUCAAGCCAGGGGCAGAGCCGAGGCUCCAGGAGCUCUCCGAUUCGCCAACGAGGAGCCACGCCCACGCCGAGCGGCAGAGGAAGGCGAGGUCGAUGAUUAUCCUGCAGGACACGCCGCCGCAGCUGCAACCUGACACACACGCCGCCGCCGCCACGCACACUGCCACACAUUCGCUUCACACCGCCACACACACCUCCACGCUGUCUCUCCACAGCACCAGCCCCGCCCUCGGUCACUCACCGCUGUCACGCCGCCGGGGACGACCAAUAGAAAACCCUUAUGCUAACGUGGGACAGCAGGCUCCGCCCUCCAAGCCGCAGAGGAGGAAGUCACCUUUGUUGAAACAACUUCCUGUAGAGGAGCAGGGACUCCAUGAUUCGUCCAAAUUAGAGCCACCCAGCAGCCCCAGUAGGGCGGAGCUGUACCAGCAGCAGGUUCUUUCAGAGCGUGCUCGGGUUCAGGGCCGCAGGUCGUCUCUCUUCCUGUCUGUGGAGGGAGCCGGGUCAGAAAACCAGGUGCCGCCCCUCCUGACUCAGAGCCAUUCAAUGGACGACCUCGGCGAGCUUCCACCUCCAGCCCCGGUCCUGUCGCCCUCACCAACACCUCACACCUUCCUCCACCCACUGACAGGGAAACCUCUAGACCCGUCAUCUCCACUCGCCCUGGCUCUUGCUGCACGAGAACGAGCGCUCACUGCCCGCACGCCGAGCCCUGAACCUCGACUUAAACACGCAUCUGCCUCCACCACACCCAUCCCCACCCCAGCUGCCAGCCCCGAGGGCAGACACAAACGCACUCCUCUCACCACCCCGCACAGCAGCCCCGAGCCACGAUCCAAACGCACCACCCCUCAGACAAGCCCCGAGCAGAGAACCAAGCGCACCACUCCCCAGACCAGUCCCGAGCUGAGGCAUAAACGCAUAACCCCACCUUUGUUCCCUGAAGGACAGGUGGAGCGUCCAGAAACAGAGGGAGGAGUGACAUCACCUGCCGGCCCCUCCCCUGAGCGCUGGAGACCCACCCCCGCGCCAUCACUGGCCAGUGACGGUCACUCUGCUUUGAUUGACAGGCGCAGAAGCCUCACAGUGGGCAGCUCAGAGGAAGAGGGCGGGGCUUACACAGUUACACUCCCACCUGCAUUGUUGUCAUCCAGUGAUGAGGAGACUAGGGAGGAGCUCCGUAGAAUCGGCCUGGUAGCUCCACCCCCUGCCUUCGCCUGUCCUCCUGCCCCUCCUCCCCCAUCUUCCCUCACCUUGUUGCCACGGCGAGUAGGGGAGGGAGGGGGAGGAGAGAGUGGUCCUGACUCCCUGGGCAGACGAGGAGAUGAGGAAGAAGGAGGUGAUGAACGGCUCCAUGACAGCUCCUCCUCCCCCAGCUCGCUCCCUCCUUCCAUCACCUUGGCCUCCCCUCCUGCUCCGGCCUCCCCCUCCUCCCCACCUGCUGCUCACCCUUCCCCAUCCUCCCCCUCCACCACCUCCCCAAUUGCUCUUAAGCCACGUCUUCGUUCACCAAUCGGUCGGGGCCGCUCUGCGCUCCGGGACCCUCUGCUGAAGCAAUCAUCAGACAGUGAGCUCCUCCCUUCUGCUGCAUCCUCCUCCUCCCCCUCCUCCCCACUCUGUUCCUCCCCCACUAGUGGCCGACAGCCACGCUAUCUGUUCCAGAGGAGGUCCAAGCUGUGGGGGGGUGGGGACGACCGUGGCGAGGAGCGGCGGGGCCUCAGCCCGGAGGAAGGGGGAGGCCGUCCAGCAGCACUGGGAGGUCAGGGGUCAGGGUCAGCCGUGGAUCUGACCAGCCGGUCGGCGUCAGCACUGGAGCUGAGCGGCAGGGCGGGGUCUGGACUAGAUCUUGCUAAUCGGCUACAGCUGCUCAACAAAGACAGUCACUCUCUGGGGGAGGAGCCGAGUCCCCUCGAUCCAGGCCGGAGGUCACCAGUAGGAGGUGCCAGAUGUGUGGACAGUGGAGAGAGUAAAUCGUUGUUCUCUAGUCUUGGUGAACUCCACACUAUCUCCCAGCGAGGAUAUGGUGCCAGCUAUACAGUCCGACCAGGAAGCCGCUACCCUGUCACCCGCCGGAGCCCCUCCCCCUCUCCCUCCCCAUCUGAUCGAUCAAUAGGGCUUGCCUCCUCUUGCUCUGAAAGGCCAGAUCUGAGCUCCGGUCGCGGUCUAACCAUCCUGAAGUCCUCCAGUCUCAGUCUCCCCUCAGAACCAAAGGAGGUUCGGUUUGUGAUGCGAAGUGCCAGCGCACGAACCAGGUCCCGUUCACCCUCACCUUCACCCCAUGCCUCUCCCUGCCCCUCCCCGGUCCUCAGCGGGCCCCUGUUGGCCCUUCGGCCAUGGAGGCAGCGGCCCCUCAGCCUGUGGAAUAAAUAUGACGUGGGUGACUGGCUGGAGAGCGUGGGCCUUGCCGAACACCGCCAGCGCUUCCAGGAGCACGAGAUCGAAGGUUCCCAUCUCCCCGCCCUCACCAAAGACGACUACGUGGAGCUGGGCGUCACCAGACUGGGACACCGAAUCAACAUCGAGAGGGCACUCAGACAGCUGCUGGAUGGUUCCACUUGACCCCUCACCUCUGACAACUAACCUCUAGACAUCCUGAACUGUGACCUCAUUACCCCUGACCUCUGGUCAGACACUAGGCCAUCUCUUUGACUAGGAUAUCUUAGCAGUGACUGAAUCUUUAGACCUUUUUACCAACGUGGAGCCCCUUCUCUCUGAAUGAUCUCGGUGACAUUUUGGCUUAUCAGCUCUUUGAUCAACCCAGAAACACCAAGGUCCAGUAUUUAGCUUUAGUGUGGUGUUAGACCUCCAAGAUUUAAUUUGAGCACUGUUAACAUCUAGUGCCUAGUGUUUAUGUCGUAAAAACUCAACCAAAUUUCUCUAUUUAAAAAAUAAUCCACUGCAUUAUCUUAGUUGGCUGAUUACCUUUUUGUCUCAGGCUGCCUUAGAUCCAACAAUGUUUCAAAGUAGAAAUUUAAAGACUAACAUUUGCCGGUUUCUGGGAAGGGUCUGUUGUACAGGGAAAAUGAUGGCCAAAUUCUUGUACAUUUUGAUCUACAAGAAUACAGAAAUGUUCACAUAAGCGUCCCAAUUGUGUGCGUCCCCAAGUGUCAAACUGGUGGCAAAGCCACCAUUGCUGGCAGUUACAUCAAAAUAAAAUAAAAUAUUAACGAUUUACUCCAAUUCUAUCUUUAAAUAAAAAAGGUGGGGUAUGCGAUUCUAAUCCAAUACACAUCUUUUUGUCAAAUUCACUGUCCGUUCAGUGUGCGCGCUGAAAUAAAAUCUGGUGUCUGUACGCAGCCCUGGUUCUGUAAAUGGGAAACAAAGAGGCUCGGACCGAGCCACACAACACUAUUCCAGCCAUGAUUUGUGCGUCAGGUAACGUUAAAUGACAUGCCCGCGGACAUUCAGCUUACUUUCUAGUUUGCCAAGAUAAGCUGUUGUUGUGAUGUUAGCUAUAGUAGCAGGAGAGUUUGCUGGCUCUGGGAAACGGUCUCCUCUGGCUGUUAGCUUCGCAGCAGCGACUGCAAGGACCCACAACCUAGCUAAGCUAACGCAAAACCUAGCUAACGUUAGUUAUAUUACUUGCUGUGUCGUCAUUCGCUCUAUAUCAUGGUAUUGGAUUUCUCCAAAAUCACAUACCCCACCUUUAACUUAACUUUGAUCAACAGUCCAAAACCCAAAUAUAUAAAUUUCACUAUUAUAGAAGAAAAACUAUGAAAACAAGCUAAUUUUCAUAUUUGAGAAGCUGCAAGCAGUGAAUUUUGGCAUGUUUACCUAAAAAAACAAAACAAAAAGAGACAACACUUAAUUAUUAACAAUUAUCAAUCACUCAUCGACUUGCUAAGUGUCUGGAAUGUGUGCACCUUAAAAUUUUACCUACAGUUGCGCGUUCUGUGCUAGCUAGCGAAAUAGUUUUUUCAAAUACUGACUUACGUGCCUGUUAAACAAAUAACUUUCUCUCUAUGUUUGUUUUCUGUAUAUUCUGAUCUGGAUCACCAGAAAAUACAGAGGAUUAUCUGAGUUUGACUUUGCGUUAAGAGACGCUGCGAAAGCUAGCUUACAACAUCCACACAGUGUUCUACAGCAUUAUGUUAGCAUACUAAGCUAAUUAGAGCUGAACACAGCUCUACUGCUAAUCUCAACAGGUGAAGGAACAUUGAUCAAAGAGCUGAUCUGACAAACUGAUUACAAAUAUAAUGAGACGGGUUCUUUUUAAAAUCGUGCCAUUCUGCUUCCCCAGACCAGUUUAGCUGGACUUUUGCUAGCAAAGCUGGACGAUUAGCGAGCUACUGGGAGUCUCUACCUUAACAUCAGGAGAUUAGCUGAGGAUAUUUCUUCGUCCUUUUACAGAAAGUUCUUGUGACUUGGCUUUUUUUUUUCUCCAAAUAUCACUCAUAAAGAAUUUGUGUUUAUUUUGAGUUCAUAUCUUAAUACCGAUCAUUUAGAAUUUAUGAAUAACAAGUAAUAAUAAUGAUAAUAAUAAUAAUAAUAAUAAUGUGGUGGUGAUGAUUUACAGAGUUUAAUAGUUUGGAAAAUGAUUUUGAGUUCCUUAUGAUUUGACAAUGAGUUGAAUUUCAAGGUUGUUUUGGUGAUGUUUUGGAAUUCAUGAUGAUUUGUCAAUGAGUGUGACUUUGUGCUGAUGUGAUGUGUGUUUCAGGGAGAGCUGCAGCAGAGCUCCAACUGUAAACCUCUCUGGUUUCUAACCUGCUUAUCGAGGGCUUACUGUACAUGGUGCUAUCUGUUUAAAGCCAUCUGUACAGAAAAUACCUUUCUCCUUCCCCUCCUAUACCUUUCCUCACACUGACACCUGGAACUCUUAGCUUAACCCCCCUUAACUCUAGUGUGUGAUUUAAACUAAAUUAAUCAAUCGAGUGUGGCUGUACCUGCCAUAACCAUCUAGCAGUAAUGGUAACUCGCCAGGAACAGGCCAUAUGUGGAGUUUCCUCCCUGCCAUAUUGGGGAUUUCUUCGCUGCCAUACGUGGAGUUUCCCAGAGGCCAUAAAUAGAGUUUAAAACCGGCCAUAAAUGGGGUUACCCAAUUACGGUUUACCGUGUGUUCAUAUGAAGUCACAAAAUUUGUGUUUAGGAGUUAAGGUGCGGUCACACUGAAAUUUGUUCCCCAUUCAUUUCAAUGAAGCAGCAUAUAAGACGGAUUUGCUCCUGCCUUACAAAGCCUGGUAAAACCGGUAAAAUUGACACCUAAUUUAGAAUAUUGUUCAUAUCCUUUUUAUAUUACUGCACAGUGAAAUGCUACAAGUUUCAGAGAAGAAACUUUUCUGCAAGUCCAAGAACAAUUAACAAAGUAGGGCUGGGCUAUAUGGCCAAGAUUUUAUUUCACUCACGAUUAAAAUGUUUUACCUUCAAAAUGCACAAAGAUUAAAACGUGAUUGAAACAUUACAUUAAUUAGGUCUUCAUGCGUAAGAUAGUUAAGCAAGAAUUAUAAAGACCUGCACCUGAAGGGCUGUCAUCGUUAUGCGUAUUUAGGAAAUAUCGGUUAUUCCAUACAGAUAUGGGCUGUCAGUCCCACAUGCUUCAAUUAAGUAAAGCAUUACAUCCGGAUUAAUAAUCAGUUUCAGCAGAUAGAGCAGAGAAGUCUACACACUCGUUCAUCUGCUGCUGUUUGUUUCUCAACAUCAGCCUGAUUUCUGCAGACCGCUGGCUAGUUAGCAUCUAAGUGUUGCCAGAUUUUUUUCUAGGUUACCUUUACUAGGUUAGUCUUUACAUUGUAAGAACUUGAUUUUGACGAUGUAGACAUUUCGUAUAAUUAAUCCUAUUCACUUGACAUAUCGCCCAGCCCUACAAUAAGCAUUUGAUAAGCUGUACGAUUUAGUUUGUGGAAUGCUAUUGCUAGCCUGGCAGCCAUGCUAGCUGAUGCACUUUGCUUAAAGCCCUGCCCAUACUACACUACUAUCAAGCUAGCUUUCCGCCACAGUAUGCAAGUAAAUUUCACCUUGCAAAAUCUGGUCUGACCGCACCAUUAACAUCAUUAAUGGGCACAACUCUUAAAGAAACUGUCCCUCCUUUCGCCAUCUUACCCAGAGACGGAUGAGAAGACUUGUAUCUGUGCGUCCAGUACAGAGAUAGUUCCAGUGUUUAUCCUAGCUUAGCACAAAGACUGGAAGCAGAGGGGGGAACUGCUAGCCUAGCGUCAUCAAAAGUGAAAGAAACACCUUCCAACAGCAAAGCUGUCUUAUUUACAUGUUGUAUCUUGUUAGCUAGCAAGCUACUCACCAAUUUAUCCAGCCAAGUUUUGUUGACAGAGUUAGGACAUAGCUCAAACACAUCAUGAGGACAACGCUAACUGCUGCUAAAACCACAAUGUCUCAUGUUUAUUUCAUUGCCUUUCUAAACAUGUACAAUAAACAAGAUGCAACACGUACAUAAGACAUCUCUGGAGUCACUGGAAGGUGUAUUUCUUAUAUUUUGUUUCCUUUAAAGUGGAAUUGGGAAGCCGAGUUAAUGAUGUAUCAUGAACUGUUGCCGCUUAACGGCGCUUUGAGUGUUUUCUCAAUGGAGACCAUUACUGCUACGACUCCCUCUUUUCUUAAUAGUUUCACACAGUAAACUUAUACUAAUUUGACACAACUACAUAAUCUACCCGACACGUUAGUCUUUCCUCUUGAUUUCCCUCUAAAGCACAAUCAACAUUCCAGUGCCUGUUUCCACAACAACAAAUAAAUCUACUGCGUUUAUCCAGCUUUUUCUCAGACUUAAGUACCUGAAUAAAAGCCGAGCCACAAUCAUGAAUGCCAAAGUUGUACAAGUUCGUGGUGCCCUUUUAUGGGAAAAAGUAUUACCUGCCCGUGGCAGAGCACAGAGGUAUAGAAUGUAGUGUCUAUGUACAGCACAUUACAGUAGACUUUAUAGUCUGUAUAAUAUAUAUUAUGGUAGAAUAAUGUAGCUAUAGUGUAAUAUAUAAAGUAUAGUAGACAAUAAAAUGUAUACAGUAAUAUUUUGGUAGACCGUAGUCUAUAAAGUCUUUAGCCAUAUGUGAUAUUCAGCCUUUGUAAACAGCUACACAUUAAAACUAAAUGCUACUUUGGCUCAAAAAGAUUCACAAUUGAGUUUCAACAGUGAGCUGGAAGGAGAUUCUGAGCCACUAUAACAAAAUCCAUGAGUUUAAGUUUAAAUUUAACACUAAAUCCACUUGUUUGAGUUAAUAAAUUAUAUCUACAGUCACUUAAUCAUACUAUCAAUUUAGUCUUUAGUGUUCAUUGCAGGAGUAGUUAUUACAGUCCGAUCUGAGCAACACCCCCACCAAGACAUAAAACAACAGAAAUCAAAUCCCAGCAGUGUGAAUCUGAAUCCUUUCUAAUCCCUUAUCGAACCUAGUUAGGUUAAGCUUUCAAUAUUUGCAAGUAACUAAAAGUUACAAAUAACUCAAACUCAAAGAGCUGUAAUCAGCUUUUGUUGAGUGGGUGGUACCUGAUUACGGAACCAAACCCUGUUUUAUUUUAAAUUUAAUUCUACCUGAUCACCUGCGAUGGUGGAAAUGCAGGUGUUAUAUACAGUCUCGUGCAGUCAUCCAUAAGUCUUAGAACCCUAGUUACGUAGCUAACUCCCAUUUGGACUUGUAAUUUGAAAAGAGAGCGUGCUGCCGGCAGUAGUUGGGUCACAGUAACCAGGCGUUCAGACUGAAAACAGCACUGCGUUAAAAAGGUGGUCUAUAAUUCCAUGUGACAAGAAAGUUUUCAAUGCGACAGAAGCAAGGAAACAGAAUUACACCGUCCAGGAAUGUGCGCUUACAAGAUUUUGUUCGGCCGAACUUGCUGCAUGACGCAGAGUUUUUUUUUUGGAGUCCUCUGCAUUGGACCCCAGCAUUUUUUUCACGCAGCGCUACUGUCGGCCUAACGCCUGAGUGAAACGCGUUGUAACGCCGUCAGUGUAGAUGGUGUAUUGAUUAAAACCAGAGACAGAUGACUGAAAAACGUGGCUGAGAAGAUCAAGGAAGUAGAGAGCGACAAACUGGCGUCUCACUGUACUCUGGGAGCGUAUUCAAGCUAAAAGGGGUUCUUAAGUUGCUCUUUAAGUUAGUUAACACCCUAAAAUAAUUGAUACAGCUGAUUAAACGUGCUCAUGGAACAAACUAGUUCGUACGAAGUGCUGGUCGUCCACUUCUAGUCAAGGCAAAAGUGUUUGUAGAUGUUCCAAAUGACCACACUCAAAAGGUGGCGCCAAAAAUGCGAGAAUCGUACUUAGAGAAGUUCAGACCCUCCUCCGCAUACCUGCCCAAACGCUAACUGAAGUUGGCCAGAUUGUUGGUGUUGUUGUCAGACGCAGCGCCUCCCAGGUGUAGACGGAGGAGGUUUCAGACACUGUUCAAUGAUCCGACUUCGCUUAAAGCAUACUGAUGCCUUUAGCUACUCGGAGGUUAGAUUAAGUAGCCUUCCACACCGGACUAAUGAAAACCAGCGGACACCACAAACAUCUUUUUAGUCACAGGUAAAGAGAAAGUGCCUGUGCAGCUGUUUACACUGAGUGAAUAUCACAUUUAUCAGAUACUGUAUGUAUAGCAUAUAUUAUAAUGGACUAAAGUCUACUGUACAGAGUCAUCCACAGAAUGAGACGUGGGCUGUCGCUUUCUCUGCAGUGUAACAAUGAAAAUCAGUGAUGGACAGGUCAUGUGACCUCAUAACCUCUGACCUCAGGUCCCCACUGGGAAUCCCUCUGUACACUAAUAUAGACGUGAGGGCAUUCACUUGUUGUAGGAUUUCUCAGCCAAUCAGAAACAUAACCAGCGAACCUGCUGCUAAAAUCUCACCAGUGACAUGAAGUGAGGUCAGCGAUAUCAAAUCAGUGUCAGCUAACGGGUCGUUCAGAUUCAAGACCUUCUGAAGUUUCAAGAUAACCACAAACUAAGUUUAUUUAGCGGAAAACACGUUUCUUGUUCUGUCCUGAGACCUGCUUCCAGAUCCAUGAAUCACACGUUCAUCUGUCAUGCUUGGUCUAGUGAUUUGGGUGACUCACGAGUUAUUUUUGCCAUCUUGCCUGGAUCCCGAUUUAUUUUUACCCAUUCCUACAAACUGCAACCCUAUUGUCCAGAUCCCUUCAGUUUUACUCCCACUGCUGUUUUAAUCCUCACUAAAUAGUUUAUUAUUAGGGGCAACACACAUCUGUCACAUUUGAAACAUGUCAAAACAUUUGUUUCAAGAAACACAUUCACUCCCUGGAUUUGCACAUCUCUGCUUCCAUAACUAGACUGUCUAUAUGGCGGCCGGUCUUUGCACUUUAUGCAGACUCAAUAGCGUUGUGAAAAGGGAGGAUUUUUCGGGGGGGUGUCCCUGGUUCUGAAGUAAAAUUUCCGUUCGUUUUUCUUAUAGACAAUGUUAGGUGACUGACAGUUUGAGGAUUUCUAGUCCUGGAUGGUCACGUAAACUCUCCUGGUUGAAUCGUCAGUGCAAAAGAUGAACAACUGUGCCGGAAAAUAUCUGAUUCUUUGACAAAAAGUACAAAUGAUAGAAGCUAAAGCGUUUUUUAGAAAACUUAUAAUGCAAUCUGCAGCUUAAAUUAAUUGUGUUUUUUUCCCCUACUACAACAACGAAGCCUUUUCAGUUUGCUGUAGCUUUGAUUUGCCAAAACUAACAGAAAAACAUGAUAUUUCAGAAUUUAAAUAAUUAAAAGUGAUGGGCAUAACAUAAACUUUCCAGGAGACUUAUAUGUUUCUAUGUUGCAGAAUACUAAGGAUAUCAUUAAAAGAAAAAUUUGAAAUGGGAAUUCAGAGUGGGGGAAAAUAUUUCCAGAACCAGCAGCUUCUCCCAAUUCACAACUCUAUACACUAUAUAUCUAUAUUUGUCAAACACAACAUCCCCUUAUGUUUGGUAAGCAGCCGUCAUAUAACCACAGUAACGCUGUGUCAGGUGUCCUGAUAUAGAAAAAUACGCUCAUCUGGUUCUACAUUAACUGCUAGUUUAUUUCUUCAAAGUGAUUUUGCGUUCUGAAGCAACUGCUGACAUGCUCUCAAGUUACUACAGGAUCAGACAUAGCAUGUACGCUAGUUAGCUGCUUAAACUAGCUAGAUCAAGAAGAUGAAGCUAGCUAAACUUCUGCUAAAAGGCCGAGAGAACGUAAAAAAAAAAAAAAGGCAAUAAGUGUUUUAGUGUUUGUUUGCUAAAGAUUACUUUAAAAAACAGUCAAAUCUAUAAACUUGCAUCAAGCACAUACAGUAUUAGUUUCACAAAAAAACUACAAUGCUAUUUAAGCUAACUGCUAGUGAUUACUAAUGCUAACCACCACCGUUUUGCUAACAAGUGGAAGCCACAGUGUACCUCUACCAUUUUGCAUCAUAUGGAUUUUUGCCUCUGACUAUUAUUUUCCUCUAUUGGGACACUACAUGGUGCAGUAUUGUUUUUUUCAGCUUCAAAUCACUUUUGCCUAAACAACAUGUGUUCUCGAUAUCAACCAAACUUCUUGGCUUAAUUUAAGCUAAAUGUAUGCUAGCAAACGCAACUGCUGAAAAUGACACUCUUACAAAUCACUAGCUAUUCUCCCUCAAGAAAACAAAUGUGGCUAAUUAGCAGUGGUGGAAAGUACAUUUACUCAAGUAUUGUACUUAAGUACAAUUUUGGGGUGCUUUACUUGAAUAUGUCCAUGUUAUGCUACUUUAUACUUCUACUCCACUACAUUUCAGAGAGAAAUACUGUACUUUUCACUCCACUACAUUUAUAUUUAGUUACUAGUUACUUUUCAAAUUAAGAUUUUACAUACAAGACAUAUGAUCCAUUGUUAGAUUAAACUACCAAAAGUAUAUGAAGUAGUUAAAAUUAGCUCCACCUUCACCAACUACAACAUUAAAGUACAGCUUACAUAUUAAUACAUCAAUAAUAUAACAGUAUAACACUGACAAUAACCACUCUGCAUUAUGAUCACUUUUACUUUUGAUACAUUAAGUACGAUUCGUUGCUAAUACUUAUACUUACUUUUAAGCAAAUGCAGGACUUUUACUUGUAAUGGGGUAUUUUUAUGCUGUGGUAUUGCAAGUUGAUGAUUUGAAUACUUCUUCCACCGCUGCGGAUUAGAAAGCAAUCAUAGUCUGAAAGAUGGAGACAAAAUGGCCGUUCAGUCUGAGUGUUAAAAAAAGGCCAACAUGGCGACAGGCAAGAACCAGAACAAUCAUAUAAAAAGAUGGAAUAAAGAGACAAAAUGGCUGCCACUGGAUACUUGAUAGUGUCAUGAAAAACAAAAGCGUGACUUCACCAUGGUAACGCCUCAGCUUCUUGCUGAUUGGCUGAGAAUCCUGGCUUUCUAACCUGCGUGUGAAACCUUCUUCCUCCUGAUAUUCACCUGGUUAUAAUGGUUUUAUGGUUACCCUCCUCCUCCUUUCUAGCUUCCUCUUUUUACAGUAUGUUUGUAGUUUCUUCUGGAGUGAGUGGCGUGUGUGUACUUGUAGUUUUUUUUUCUUCCCUUUUCUAAAAACUAAAGAGCACACAAUGACAACUGAUGAGCUCUGCAACGCAACAGAUUGUAAUCUUUAUAAUAAACUGUCCUUUAUUACAAAGUUAA